GACGAAGAAUACGAGGCGCAAACUUCAGAAAUUGAGGAGAAUCGUGAACGGGUUGAGAAGUUGGAUAUCUGCAUGUGUUAUAUGUUCAGCUAUAUAGCAAGAGCUCAUAAUCAAGAAUUCUCAGUAGAAACUGAUACGCAGUGGUUACCAGCAAUAUGUCAGCGGAAGAAUCUGUUCGGCGAGUUAUUAAAUGUUUUUGAAGAGAACCUGCUGAUGGCGCACAACUUGAAAAAUGUUUCAUUUCUGUGGUUCUAUUUAUGCAGUCUGGAUGUGGGGUUCGCAAGUGGACUGUUCAGCAUGGGACCAUGUGUGAUGAAGAUGAUGGUGGACUGCGAAGAUUAG